GAUUCCCUGGUUGAGCCGCGUAUGCCUGGCUAGGGUGCGCGCGAGUUCAGAGAGCGACCAUAAAUCAGCAGACGUGCGGAAGUAAAGACCAGUGAAGCCGCCAUGUUUCCGUCUGCUGCUUCCCGUGUCCUGAGUGGAAACAAAUACACGGCCAAAGGAGAAGCCUAAAGAAAAGAGCACAACAUGCACACAAUGAGAAGAUGGGACGUCCCACCAUGCCUUUGUCCCCCGCCAGAGGAAAACUUCAAUCGCCGUGUUGCUCCGCCCUCAUUGGCCAGUUUAUUAGAUCCCUGAAGCCUGAAGGGAGGGAUCCUCUCUCCGAUUGGUCCUCGGCGCCGUCGGCCUAUCGGAUUUUGUCAGGCAGUGGAGUCUCCUGUGCAGCAGAUUCCAACAGGACAGUCGAGGAUCAGCAAGUCUUCAUUGCGAGCGCUGGUGUUCAUCAUGGAGGUGCCCAGGAUGCCUCAACCCGUCCCCUUUCCCCGGACUAUUCAUAACAUUGUCUCCUCAACGCGGUCUCCCCUGGGAGCAGUCGAGAACAUCACCGCCAGCGACACCCAGGGAGGAAAUCUCCUGGAAGAGAAGGACGAAAGCGCGGAGGACGAUCCAUUCGGAGUGGAUGGGGAGGCCACGGACGAGGUCGACCGCUCCGAUGUGGACCUGUCCUCCCGAGAGAGUUUUUUAGAGGAGCGUUCUGUGUCCGAGGAGGGGGUGUCAGCGGAGGAGGCUGAAAGGAAGGCGGAGGAAGAGGAAGCGGCCAGAGAGAGAGCGGCCCAGAGGCAGCUGAUGGCCAUCCAGGAGCUGGUGCACUCCGAGAGGAACUACCUGCGUCUGCUUCAGAUCAGCACUGUCACAAUCAGGAGCAACCUGCAGAAACUACAGCCUCCGCUCGCCAACUUGGACAGCAUGUUCCUCUAUAUCGAGGACGUGAUCGCCGUGUCGAGUCGCCUCCUCAGCCUGCUGGAUCAGAGGCAGAUGCAGCCCGGAGAUCCACUCUUCCUGGAGGCACUUUGUAGCGCCUUCCUCAGCCUGUCCUCGGAAAUAGAGGCGGCCUACAAGGAGUACCUGACCAACUACAACCGCGUCACCGUGUUGGAGAACUCCUACAAGCAGAAGGAGGCGCUGUGGGACGAGAUCGUCAAAGUCAUCAAGAUGUCUGCGCCCGAAGUGAACGCCACCUCCUUGAGUUUCUUCCUGGUGAUGCCGGUGCAGCGCAUCGCCCGCUACCCUCUUCUCCUGCAGACCAUCCAGAAGCACACGGACACGCGUCACCCGGCAUACGAGCUCCUGGAGCGGACGGCUCACACCUCCGUCGCUCUCAACUGUCGCAUCAACGAGUACAAGCGCUUCCGGGAAGUCGCCGACAAGUACAAGAAGACGGAGACGCUGAGCAUCAUGGACAAGAUCAACCGCUUGAACUCCCACAGCAUCGCCAAGAAAACAGCCAGGAUCGGACAGUUCCUCAAGCACGAGACUGGGAUGGUUCCCAAGCUGGUGGACGAGGAGUUUGAUGCCCUUGAAUGCUUCUUCUACAUCCUGGAGCACGGCAUCUUGCAGCUGCUGGACAACGUGGAGCUGUACCUCCACCACCUUCAGAGGUUCCUGCAGUGCAAAACGGAGGAGUUUGACUUGGACAUGGACGGCGAAAAGGCCCCCAUUUGCUACAAGGAGAUCACGACCGCCCUCAGGCAGUGGAUCCUCCCCACAUUUGAGAAGAGGAUGAGGACGCUGAUCCACAAGCCUCUCUGCGCGCUCCGUGACCUCCUGGUGGGCCCGAGGAACCUGAUCCGCAAGAGGCUGGACAAGCUGCUGGACUAUGAAGUGAUCGAGGCCAAAUCUUCCCUGAGCUACGAGGAACAAGCCAUUGCCAACACGUAUAAGACCAUCAACACGUUGCUGCUUAACGAGCUUCCGAAGUUUAAUGGACUGGCGCUGCAGAUGAUUUGGCGCAUGCUGGGGGCGUUCAGCUGCCUGCACAAGGACCUCACCUGCGACAUGGAGCAGCUCUUCCAAAGCUUCGCCCAACAGCUGCCCCACAGCUCUCUGGAGAAUGGUGUGUUCUGGGAGUGGGCGGAGUCAGCGGUGCUGGAGGGUUCCAGAAGACUGGAGACUCUGUGUCACGGUGUGGAGGAGACGCUCCUGGCUCCUGCCACGCAGCCUCUCGGCACCACCUCGCAGCUCCGGCUGAAGCAGCUGACGGACAAGCACGGCUCCGACAAGAUCUACCAGGUGAUGAGCGCCGUGGUUGGCAGCCGGGACCUGGACCUCAGCCUGGCCAAAGGAGAGCUGGUGGCCGUCAUCAGCCAGGCUGACAGCCGCGGGGACAGCCGCAGGUGGCUGGUGGACGCCGGAGGCCGGCGAGGCUACGUGCCGUCCUCAAGGCUGAUCCGCUACCAUCAGCCGGCGGAAGAGCCGCCCCCGUCGCCUCACCCGCCCUCGCCGCAAGGUGCCGGAUGCGCCAGGAGGCACUCGUACACACCGGAGCUACGACACACUGCGACGGUGAUCAGCCAGCCCUGCUUCCAGGUGUUUGCGGCCUACAACUUCACAGCGAGGGGAAACCACGAAGUCUCCGUGGUGGCGGGCGAGCCGGUCCGGGUCCUGGAGCCUCACGACAAGAGAGGGAGCCGCGAGUGGAGCCUGGUGGAGGUGAGAGGCAGGCGGAGGGGCUAUGUGCCCUCCAACUAUCUCGCCCUGGUGCCUGCGGCGGCGGCGGGCACGCUCCCUGGCGCCUACCAGCCGGGCUGCUGACGACCACGGCUGCACUCCAGUAUGUCUCACAAUGCAUCUUUGAAGUUUCACGGCGAGGAAGUCUGGCAAUAUAACAAUAAUGUUCUUGUGGAACACCUCACUGGGCGAAUUUAAGAUGUUCUGUUGCAGCUAGUUUUAAAUGGAACACAGCAGAGACUCCCCCGUGCCACUAUGCUGCCUCCUGGUGGUGUGGAGUGUGAAGAGCAAGCGUCAGGUGAUCUCCGGACUGGAAUGCUAAGGACAUGCACUGCAAGAACGAGGUAGCACUGCUCACGCUAUCAAUACCACCUCGCAGUUUAUGACAAGUGGAGUCGUUUUUCGUGUACGAGUAAGGACGAGUAAGUAUGGAGGUAGAUUUGUGUCUUUAUUACGAAAUCUUUUUUUUAGACACUGAAUUUAUGUAGCUGAAUUUUUUGCGAUUUAAUUUUGUGAACAGGUUUUUUUUUUUUACAGUAAAAUAUGCUAUAUCGUUGAAAAAAACAAAUGUUAGCAAAAUGUGUUUAAAAAUUAAGUGUUUCAAAAUGUGUGUUUGGAAAUUCAGUGUAAAAAAAUUGCUGCCUGAAAAAGCAAGAUUUAAAAUUCAUUGAUUAAAAAUUUAGUGUAAAAAAAAUUCCAUGUAAAAAAAAAAGUGCUGCUUGAAAAAGCAACCUUUAAAAUUCACUACUUAAAAAUUCAUUGUAAAAAAAAAAUUCAGUGUGAAAGAAUGUGCUGCUUUAAAAAGCAAGAUUGAAAAAUCAUUGUUAAAAAAUUCUGUAUAAAAUAAAGUGUAAAAAAAUGUUGCUGCCUAAAGAAGAAAGAUUUAAAAUUCAUUGUUUAAAAAUUUAGUGUAAAAAAAAAAAAAUCAGUGUAAAAAAAAAAUUAAUGUAAAAAAAUUUGCUGCCUGAAAAAGCAAGAUUUAAAAUUCAUUGAUUAGAAAUUUAGUGAAAAAAAAAUUCAAUGUAAAAAAAAAAGUGCUAAUUGAAAAAGCAACAUUUAAAAUUCACUACUUAAAAAUUCAUUGUAAAAAAAAUUCAGUGUGAAAAAAUGUGCUGCUUGAAAAAGCAAGAUUGAAAAAUCAUUGUUAAAAAAUUCAGUAUAAAAUAAAGUGUAAAAAAAAUGUUGCUGCCUAAAGAAGAAAGAUUUAAAAUUGAUUGUUUAAAAAUUUUGUGUUAAAAAAACCUGUGUAAAAAAAAAUUCAGUGUAAAAAAAUUUGCUGCCUGAAAAAACAAGAUUUAAAAUUUGUUUGAAAAUUCAAUAUAAAAGAAAGUAAGUGUAAAAAACUGCUGCCUGAAAAAGCAAGAUUUAAAAUUCAUUGAUUAAAAAUUCUGUGUAAAAAAUUUGCUGCCUGAAAAAGCAAGAUUUAAAAUUCAUUGUUUAAAAAUUCAGUAUAAAAGACAUUAAGUGUACAAAAAAAUGUGCUGCCUGUAAAAGCAAGAUUUAAAAUUAAUUGUUUAAAAAUUCAGCGUAAAAAAAAAUUUGUGUAAAACAAUUGCUGCUUGGAAAAACAAGAUUUAAAAUUGAUUGAUUAAAAAUUCGGUGUAAAAAAAAUCAGUUAGAAAAAUUGCUGCCUGAAAAAGCAAAAUUUAAAUUCUUUGUUAAAAAAUUGAAUUAAAAAAAAAAUCAGUGUAAAAAAAUUGGCUGCUUGAAAAAGCAAGAUCCACUUCUGGUAAAUUUAGAAUGAAGUAAUCGAUCCUCUCUCAGAAGGAUUAGGGUUAAAUGUUUACUAUGUUGUAUAACGCUCAGGUAGCCCAGUUAACUGCCUUUUUUUAUCAAUCAAUCAAUAAAAGUUGAUUUAUACAGCCCUCAAUCACAAGUGUCUCAAAGGGCUCCACAAGCCACAAUGACAUCCUCGGCUCAGAUCCCACAUCAGGGCAAGGAAAAACUCAACCCAUGUGCUGUUGAACAAGCCCUGUGUCACAUGACUUCAAACUUGACACCUCAUUGGCUGCUUCCGAGACACGCUCGAUUACUUCCGUUUGGAUUUAUCGGAAGUGAGUCUUGCUUUUUGAAGCAGCAAAUUUUUCAGCACAAAAUUCAUUUAAAACUCUGCAUUUUCAGCUGGGUUGGUAGAAUGGCCGUGCCUGCAACUAGAGAGUUCCAGGUUCGAGCCCCGCUUCUGCCAUCCUAGUCACUACCCUUGUGUCCUUGGGCAAGACACUUCACCCACCUGCUCCCAGUGCCACCCACACUGGUUUAAAUGCAACUUAGAUAUGUAAAAGUGCUUUGAGUCACUAGAGAAAAGCGCUAUGUAAAUGUUAUUCACUUCACUUUUAUACGCAGAAUUUUUUAAACACAUGCAUUUUGCUAACACACUUUUUUUCCCCAAUGAAAUUGUCUGCAUAAUUGGAUGUAAAAAAAAAAAGUAUAGUGUCAAAUAAAAACUUUUGUAAUAAGGAUACAAAUUCACCUCCAUAGAUAAGGUCUCUCCAUCCUAAGACACUGGCUGACAGUUGGAGGAAAAACAAUGACUCAAAAGAAAAAGUGUCGCAGAACAGCCAGAAAAAGCCAAAGAAGAAGCCAAAAACAGGCAAUAGACGCUUUGUGCGACUGAAAGGUGCGCUUUUCACAGAAACGUUGGAAUAUUGCGACGUCAACGGACUGGAGGACUUUCACUGUGUAUUUAUGUAAUGGCCGUAAACAAAGGACGCCGCUUCUUUUGUGUUGCGACGAAAACCUCAGCGAGACUACAGGACUGGACACCUGAGCCGCCUGCAGCAAGAUGUCAGAAAACUGCAUGGUCAUGCUGGCGUGCUCAAAACCACGCUGCUGGUACUUCUGCUUGAAGUCAGCAGGUGCGUGCGUGCACCUGGAGGCGACAGGAGCAGCAUCCCUGCAUGGAGACUAGUGGUGUGCGGAUUGAUACUGAGAUAUCAAUACGGCCCAUACCAGAUCUUUAUGCUCUAAUGCCGAUUCUCAAAUCAAAAUAUCGACACACUUGAUUUGGCCAGCGAGUCGGCACGAGUUCAACAAGGGUGUUUACAUAUUGCGUUUAAAUAUCUUGCUGUUUGAUAGGAGCUUAUUUGUCACCAUCCAGUGGACACUGAGGCCAGGCCAGUGGACACGGACUGUACUUGGCAUAGACAACAUGCCCAGCAUUUACUCGUAUGACCCAAUACAAGCAACCUUCCCUAGUCAAGGGGUAUGAUGGGGGAAAAUGCAAAAAACUCUCCACACCUAUCGCUCUU